GCACGUGUCCAAAUCUAGAGCCCGGGUACCUCGAUUAAAGAAUUUAUUUUUCCUAGGCAUGAUGCUUGGGUGCGGUUCCGUUGUGCUAUUAGUACUAAAUACCGACCACAGGUUUUAUAUCGAGUACAACAGCUGGGUUUAUUCGAAACGACAGUAUGCUGUAGAUUACAAACCCGACAAUUCCAGUACCAUACGGACAGAAGGCUGCCGUAUACCAUUCAUGCGAGCAGAUGAAAAGUCAAUUCGAGAAAUGGGAAAAGACAUACAUGAAAUACAACCAUGCCCACCUCACCCUUUGUUAGGUUCAAAUAAAACUCAUAUUUGGAUUGUGAAAGAAUAUAUGUUUCAUUAUAAUUUAAGUAGUUCUAGUAAGUUAACAUGUUGCUACAAAUCCUUUUAUCGUCCUACUUCUAUUAAUGACAUCACAGCUUCCGACAUUGAUGACCGAGUUAAAUACAAUAGUUGUCGUAACUUUUCUGACAUUAUUAUUGUAAACGACGAGUUUGUUAGAGUUGUUUGUAGUGACACAAAAACACUCUUCGACUCUUUUUAUGUAUUUGCUCGUGAAAGAGAACUAGUAGCUAAUUCUCAGAAACACUUACCUUAUAACAUAUUGAUUUUGGGGAUAGAUGGAGUUUCUAGGUUAAGUCUUCACAGGACUAUGCCUAAAACUGUAAAUUUUUUGAAGAAGUUGGGUAGUGUGGAGUUAUUAGGAUAUAAUAAAGUUGGAGAUAAUACAUUUCCUAAUUUAAUACCUCUGUUGCUGGGAAAAAAAGAUACGGAAUUACAGGACACAUGUUGGCCAAACAGCAGAUCAACUUUCGACAACUGUCCUUUUAUAUGGGAACGAUCCCAGAAAGCCGGAUUUGUGACGGCGUUGGCCGAAGACACCUCCUGGUUGGGCACUUUUAACUAUGUCAAGCGCGGCUUCGCGGGCUCCCCAACAGACUACUAUCUGCGCACUUUCAUCCACGAAGCGGAGCAUAUUGCAGGUACCAAUAAAGACGGUAACUCGAAAUUAUGCAUGAACGAAAAAUUCUUCUACAAAAUUCUCGUAGACUAUGUCGAGGACUUGACAACGACGUUGAAAAGAAAAUUAUUUGGAUUUUUUUGGGAAACAACCAUGAGUCACGAUAACUUAAACUAUCCAAUGGUGAUGGAUGACAGCUACAGUGACCUUUUCAGAAAAAUGUAUAUCUCAGGAUACUUGAAUGAAACAAUUAUCUUCUUAAUGAGUGACCACGGUAUGAGAUGGGGAAAAUUUCGCUCAACGAAGCAGGGAUUUUUAGAAGAUAGGUUACCAUUCGUAAUCGCCUUAUUGCCCCCGUCGUUUCGAUAUAAUUUCAACGAGGCAUAUAACAAUCUAAAAAUAAACAGCCAUCGUUUAACCACACCAUUCGACAUGCACGCCACAUUAGCCGAUUUAAUGAAUCUAGAAAAUAUCAAAAAUGCUAAAAUAAUUUCUCGAAGUUACGAUGCCUACUCUUCUAAUCGUAGCAUCAGUUUAUUUUUACCUAUCCCGGGGAACAGAACUUGUGAAUCAGCUGCCAUAGAAGACCAUUGGUGCACAUGUUAUCGAUAUACUAAGAUAAAGUCCAACAGUCGUGUAGCUAAGGAGGCUGUUAAGCAAGUAGUAUCUCAGUUGAACGGUCUCCUUGAGGACUAUCCAGAGUGUGCAAGGCUCACAAUUGCGGAAGUUCUGGAGGUGACACGACUGUUACCCGGUAGCUUCAAAGAAAACAAAAAAUAUUUUAUUCAGUUGACUGUGGUGGUACGUACCAAUCCUGGCGGUGGUGAAUUUGAAGCCACUAUAGGGCGUGAAGGUGGUCGUGGUGGCAAAUGGAGUCUUGCGGGUUCAGUGAGCAGGCUGAACCUUUAUGGAAAUCAAAGUUAUUGCGCUCCUACUUCCGAACUCAAACUCUACUGUUAUUGCGUUAAUUCGACGCUGACUGCCACGGAACUUACAUCUUUUGUAAACUAGAAAAAAAUA